UUGACUCCGCUCUCGACUUACAAGUGUCAAGCGAGUUGUGAAAACUGAAAUGUCAUAAUAAGUACCUAUAACCUACAUAGAAUUUGUAAUUUGUAAAUCAAUUAAUAAAUAAUUCUUAUUUAGCUACUGUUUCAUGUGAUACUAUUUCAUUAUUGAUUAUAUUAUAAUACCUGGUAUUAUCUGGUUUUCUUUGAAUGGUGUUAAUUUUAAAAACCGAUUUCUGAUAAGAAAAGUCUCAUCAUGAAGGGAGGCAUGUGUGAACAGAAGCCAGGUGGGGGUAGGUGAGGCAAGGCGAAGGGCGAUGGCGGAGGAUGAAGUCGGGCUUGCAGACGCCGUGCUGCUCGCGCCCCUCACCGAAGACUCCUUUCUACACAACUUACAUGUCCGAUAUAAACGAGAUAUCAUUUAUACAUACGUAGGCAACGCCCUUAUUUCGGUAAACCCAUGCCGACCUCUGCCACUCUACUCGGCUGAUCUGGUGCGGACCUAUUUAGCGCGACCGCCAUACCUACUGCCACCGCAUCUGUAUGCGAUAACUGCAACGGCCUAUAGAUGGGUACGUGAUAGAAACGAGAGCCAGUGCAUAGUUAUUACGGGUGAGAGCGGUGCUGGCAAAACAGAGGCCGCGCGUGUGUGCCUCCAAUGUGCGGUAGUAGCAGGUGGAAGCGCGGGCGGCGCAGCGGGUGGCGGAGCGGCUGCCACGCUAGUUGCGGCCGGAACUCUUCUCGAAGCCUUUGGGAAUGCCGCUACUGCAAGGAACCAUAAUGCCAGUAGAUUUGGAAAGCUGUUGGAUAUAGAGUUGGACUUCAAGGGAGAGCCGAUCGGUGGACACCUGACACACUACCUCUUGGAAAAGGAACGCGUUUGCUUCGUAUCAGACGGCGAACGAAAUUUCCACGUGCUGUAUCAGUUACUAGCCGGUGCAGACGCGCAAUUGCUCAAGCGGCUUAAGCUGCAGCGCUCAUGGGAGGCGUACCGAGUACUGCGGGGUCGGGCGCCCCCCGCGGGCUCGGAUGACGCGUCCCCGCCCCUCCGUCCGCCCCCGGGCCCCGCCGACCCCCACGCAGAUCGAGACCACUUCGCAUUCACAAAAGCCGCCAUGAAAACCCUCGGACUGAGCGCGGCGGAAUGCGGGGCGGUUCUACGAAUUCUCGCCUUCAUCCUCAAACUGGGCAACGUCCGUUUCGAACCCCUUCAUCACAUAGAUGGCUCGAUUGGAGCGCGUGCACAUCAUGAACUCGAGUUACGGGAUGCGUGUGCGCUGGUCGGAGUCGAUCCGGACACCUUAGCUCUAGCUUUGGGUGCGGCGCCGGACGCAACGGUGCCCCCGCCUGCCGCUCCACCCACUGAGGCCCCACACGAAGACGAGUGUUCAGUGGAGGAGGAAGAGAGUUCAGUGGGGGGUGAAUCCGAAGCGUGGAGCGAGUGGGGGGAAUGGGGAGAGUGGGCGGCGCUACGCAGGGAUCGUGUGCUUUGCGCGCUGUAUUCGCGUCUUUUCAACUGGUUGGUGCGCGGCGUUAACGCGGCGUUACGAGGAGCGGCCGGCGGUCGUCGUUCACUGGGCAUUCUGGACGUGUACGGACUAGAGUCGUUGGCGCACAACUCGUUGGAGCGGCUGCUCAUCAACUACGCGGCGGAACGCGUGCAUGCGGCUGUCUGUACCCUAGCCUUGCGCCGGCAACAAGAGGAGUAUGCGCGCGAGGGGCUCGCCUGGACGCCGCUGAUUCUUACCGAUCAUGAGGCCGCCGCGGAUGCGCUGGACGCGGGACCGGACUGCGUGCUAGCCGCAUUGCGCGAUGCCACCCUUCGCGCGGCUCCCGACUCCCAUUUCAUACAGCGUUUGCAGCGUCGUCGGCAUCCACGCGUCUUGCCGUUGCCUCCCGAUAGAUUCCAGAUCACGCAUUUCGGUGGCGUGGUGGUGUACAGCGCUCGCGGCAUCAUUAGCAAAAACCGUGACUCGGUCUGUCGUCGUUGUGCCACCGUCCUGGCCGCAGCUCGUGAACCCUUGUUGGCCGCCCUUUUCGCCGCGCCGCCGCCGCCGACCCACGCAGCCGCCGGUUCACCGCGUCGAGCCGGAGCGCUCGCGUGCCGCCAACGUGCACUCAUCGCCGCUCUACUGCGAAGAUUGCCGCCGGCGCCGCGACUAGUGAGAUGUCUCCGCGCCGACACCGCGCUCCGGCCGCACCGCUUCGACGCGCCGCUGCUGCGUCACCAGAUCCGAACUCAAGGCAUCGUGGAGAUGGCUGCCCUUCGACGGGCGGGUUGGUGCGAGUCGCUGUGCGCUCGCGGCGUGGUGGCGCGGUAUGGGAUCCUCCGGUGGCGUCGUUCGACGCUAGCGAACGCGGCGGCGAAGGCGGGAGAGGAGGCGGUGCGCGCGGCGCGGUCUCUGCUACGCACGCUUCCCAUUCCGAGUGGCGAAUUUGCGUUCGGACGCACUCGAGUGUUCGUGCGUAGUCCGCGCACGGUGUGGGAGUUGGAGGCGUUGCGAGCGGCGCGCGUGGAGCGUCUUGUUUCGGCUGCUCAGAGGGCGUGGCGGGAACAUCGAGCGCGACGCCGCCAUACCGCUCAGCGCACAAUCGCCUCGGCCUGGCGCGCACAUAAGGCUCGACAAGCGUCAGUAGAAGAUACAAUAGCGCUGCAGCCUUCCUAUUGGCGACCGGGCGCACCAGCAGCACCAAGUCCAGCGGCAGCACGGGCUGCCGCGGGGCUAGUAGUAUGGCGCGCGUGGUGUUCUAGCGCCCGUCGGCGUUACCUCCGCGGGCUUUGGGCCCGAUUACCAGCGCGGCAUCGUUCCCCCGUCUGCACCGCGUGGCCUCCGCCCCCUGCCCCCCGGCUACUCGCCCGGACCGACUCCCUUCUCCGGCGCUUACAUCACCGCUGGCGCUGUCAACUGUACCGCCAGGCGUUCGACCAGACCGCAAGGAACCGCAUGCGGGAGAAGGUGACAGCCAGCGUGCUGUUCAAGGAUCGCAAAGCGUCGUACGCGGUGAGCGUGGCGCACCCUUUUGUGGGGGAUUACGUGCGCCUCCGAGCGUCCGGGGCGUGGCGGCGCGGGGCGGGUUCGGGUGCGGCCGACCGCUACGUGGUGUUCGCGGAUGCGGCGGUGAGGGUGGCGAGGGGGGGCGGCGCCGGACGUGUCCUGGCGGUGGUGUCGACGGCGGCGCUUCUGCUGUUGGAACCGCGAUCUUUGCGUGUGAAGCGACGGGUUCCGGCGCAGCAGGUGUAUCGCCUGUCGCUUUCGCCGCACGCGGAUGACGUGCUGGCGGUGCACGUGCGAGCCCCUGCCGCCCCCGAUGACUCGGACGAGGAUCUCUCGCAGUGCUCCUCGAGGGACGCCUUGGAUGCCCCCGGGUGUCUAUUUGGGAGUGAAGGCGGUUGGCGGCGACGCGGCGACGUAGUGUUACGGACAUGCCACGUGUUGGAACUGGCCACGAAGCUGUUCCUCGUCGUGCAAAACGCCGUGGGCGCGCCGCCGCACGUUAAUAUUGCUUCCGAAUUUGAAGCAAACUUCGGUCAGCAGUUAGUGACAAUAGCAUUUCAUGCGACGGGCAGUGCCCCCUCUGGGGCUCGCUUAGUCCGGCGCGGAAGCCGUCUUGAUGUCCUGCUGUGACCGGGGUAAGACACGACAAUAUAACUGUAAAUUCCACACGCGGUUACGGUAGACAUAAUUACUUAUAUUAUGGCCGGCUCUUUUCUUUAGGGAAUAUAAUUUAAAUAAAAUCUCUUUAAUGCAUGUUUUUAAUUUGGACUACUAUCUGUGGUAAGAUAAAGACUGCAAACAGUCAAGUUGACAUAACUAUUUGCUUUAUGAUUAUAUUUUCUUUUUUAUUAAUUUGAAAAGUGGAUACAAGUCCUUUAGUCGGAAUAAUAGAGUACAAAUGUGACUUAGGAUAACUUAUGAUUGUAAUAAAACUAGUUGACCCGGCAAACGUUGUAUUGUCAAAGCGGAAUUUUAGGUAGUACUGGACUACCUAAAAUUUGCUGUAAAAAAUGGGGUUUGGUGAAAGAAGGGUUGUAUGUAUUUUAUACGUCUAAAAUUUAAAAAUUUUGAGAUUAGCUCUUAUCACUUCGGGGUAUUUUUAACACAAAACACUCCAUAGGAAUCGCUUAAGCGGAGUGUGGGAGGAGUUUUGUUAUGAACACAGCUACGAAGAUGUAUAUACGUAUAUAUGAUAAUAAUAUGUAAUAUAUUCACAUUAUAUAUAUAAGUAUAAAAAACAAACUCGACACCCAAGCCCCUACGUAUAUUGCGACCGCUGGAAGUACGUGCCAAAAAAAUUUAUGUUUAAAUUUAUUUUGUUCCUUUAAAAAAAGACUCGGCCAUACAUCGCCUCUUUGUCAACGUCCGUGUGUGGUACGUUUUGCCAUUGAAGUGUUCUAUUCGAUUUAAGAUGCGUUGCGAUUAUAUUUUCACAGAACGGCCUAAUACGCCAUAAGUUCGAACAGUGCCUGCGCCUGUGUAAACGUUAGUUAUGAGAGAGUUAUGUAAUUGAAUUUUAAUAUUGUGUAAAUAUAUCAGUGCGGUGUGGUCGUGGCUCGACUGAGAUCUAAUGGUCGCAUAUCAGAAUCGUGUAAAUGCAUGUUGCCACAUUGCGCUGACUGUUGGUAGCUGUGUAGUGAGUGUGUCGGCUGUCCCAGUUAUAUGCACUAAUGUAUUAUACAGAAAGAUAAACGUGCCAAUAAUGGAGAAGUUUUAAUUAGUUAAUUAAAAAACUGGAAAGAAAAAUAUUUCAAGAAAAUGAUGCGCGUUGUUUUUUUUUUAAAGAUUUUAUGGCCUAGUAACAAGGCCUUUAAGCCAUGUUAUUCUAAUUCAUUUGUUUAUUUAAAUCAUCCCCACGGUAUUUUACGUAUUUAUAUUAUACACUAUAGCACUUUGAGCAAAUCACACAGGUGGCGGCGGAUGGGAUCACUAAUUUCCAUUCACGUGCCAAACUAGUCUGUGAAAAAAAAAAUUGGCUUUGACAGUUGAAUAUGGUGUAUGUCAUAAACAAUAGAGCAAUACUUCAACUGUUAUAGUCUAUUUUGAUGAUUGUUUUAUCUAUAUUUGAAUGCCACGAAUAUAAUACAGACAAUGAAACU